UGGGGUGCCUCCUUCGUUACCCAUAGUAACGCUUAGUAACGACAUCCGGGAGGAUUGGCGUCCGUAGUUACCAAACAUGUAAACACGACAAAAGAGAAGUUCAUUUGUUAGCUAGGGUGUUAUCUUUAUGAAAUAGGAAAUGGCAAUGAUGAGAGGUAAUUUAGAUAACAUUCCACAAACGUUAAUGAGGGAGCCACAAAAGACUAGUUAUAUGGCUGCUUCCAUGAGGCCCUUUGGACCAGCAGAAGAAAAGAUCCAGAGUGGAAAUGAAGAACCUGGAAAUGUAUUUCAAUCCAGGCAGUUAGUUUUUGUUUCAGAUCAGCAUCACAGUGGAGACAACACUGAGGAUUGCUGUCUACAGAAAGCUGUGGAGGAAAUGAAACGGCUUGAUGAAAUGUUGUCUUUAGAAACCUGGAAGGAAAAAGAAAUUCGACUUGAAAGGAAAGUUCUUCAAGCAAAGCUCUGGCAAGAUCUUCUGAACAAUUCUCAGGAACACUCUGAAUGUGCUCUUGAAGCUCUGAACACAAAACAGUUUUUGGCCUUGGAAGCAUGUGUUGGGAGGGAUGACUUUGUGUCUGUGUUCAAAACUGAAAUUCCUGACUAUCAGAAUGAUGGAGGACAGCAUGACACCAAAAAAACUAAGAAGAAGCCAGACAGCUUGAAUGAGUCCUUUGAAAAAUGUUCUGAGGACGUUGGAGACAGCCAGCCUAAAAACUGUCACUAUGAAGCAACCAAGAAUAAGAGCACACAGAAAGACUUCAUCAGGAGAAACAUUAAGCUAAUAAGAGGUGAAGUGGGCCAAGUCCUUUUGACCCGCGCGGAGAAAGAACGUCUGGCUGAACUUCUCCGACAAAUCGACGAAGAGGAAGAGGACAGUGCCAGAGGCGCAGAGAGUGAGGCCAUGAGUUCUGUGUCACUCUUGACAGACCAGGGUUACACCCCAGAGCCCUCUGAUCUGGAAAAGCUGCUUGACAUUGACUUCAAAGUCCACAGUCUCCUUCCUGCUGAGGACUUUCACUCGCUGAAAAGCUCUUCUUCAGACCUGAGCGUGUCACAGGCCAACAGCUCCAAGGCUGGCUGGAAGUGGGAUGGUGACCGGCAGCCCGGAGAAAAGGUCCUGCAGGAUAUAAAGGAGAGGAGAGAGCAGAAGAGGCGGCUCCAAGAGAUUGAACAGCAGCUGGAGACCCUGGACCGCAGCCAGGAAAUGACUAAUGCAUCCCCCAGCCUUACUGAAGAGCAGCUCCUUAUGCUGCUGAACGAAUGUGAGCUGACGGAAAACCGGACCAAGUGCCACGAAAUUAGUGGCUAAUGACACCAGUAGACCUUGACAAAGAUUUUAUUUCCUCCCGUCUUAAACGUUUCAUUUAUGUCAUUUGACUGUGAUUACAACUUUUUCCUUUUUUAGAUCCACCCAAAAGUUAAUAGUAUAAAUCAGAUAGUGCCCUGUAUACCUUUAAACAAAAUGUCAUUUUCUAAGCUUUUUGUUUUUUUUGCUGCUAUGAACAAUAGUAUUAGAGUGGUGAAUUUCUGAAUGCCAGCACCUCCUUUACAUUUAGGCUUUCUUCUUUGAGUCAUAGUAUUUCUGUGUGGUCAGAGAUUCCAUGUAACAUAAAGAUGCUUCUUCUAUCUCUAGGCAUUCCAGUCGUUCUUGCUUCAUAGGUGAUCUACUAAAAAGCGGAGAUUGAUACGACUUUGUGAAACCUGGCCCAUGUAAUCCAUUUUCAUUUAACAGAGUGGUUCACUUUAAUUAAAGACAACAAUCUUUGGA